GUAUCUUCGAGUUAACGGACACCACCCUUCGGAAACAAACGACCCCGUCACCAGCACACAAGAGGUGGCAACGACAACAAAACACGUUCAACGGGCAUGCCGGAAAGCUCGCCGCCAUGGCCUCGAUGUCUUUCGUGUACAGAGAGCUGCUCUGUUUGUGCAUUUCUUUACUGGUCCCCAAUGUCGUCGUCGUUUCGGAGGACGGCAGUUGCCUUGGUGCGACGCCGUGUGUCCACGGCGUCUGCGUCGACGUGCCGGAAAACCGCACCUACCGCUGCUACUGUGCGGACGGGUAUACGGGCUACGACUGCCAGACGGACUACGACGACUGCCGCAGUCUCCCUUGCCUCUUCGGCGGCACCUGCGUGGACGAGGUAGCUGGGUUCCGGUGCCUAUGCAGCGGAGGUUACACCGGAGAAAGCUGCGAGACGGACAUCGACGAGUGCCGGUCCAACCCAUGCCUCAACGGUGGCUCGUGCACGGACGACGUGAACGGCUUCUUCUGCUCCUGUUUGCCAGGGUUUGAAGGUCGGAGUUCCGAACGCAUUAUCAUCUCUGCUUAUGGCGAAACACCUGCCGUGAUUUCAAGUGUGACAAUGCUCUACGUAACUUUAAUAGACGGAUCAGAAGAGGGUUUCGAUUUCGUUUCCGCAGGUGAACUGUGCGAAACAGACAUCAGUGUGUGCAACGAUACUGCCACGUGCUACAAUGGAGGAACGUGCGUCGAGGGUCCAGGAGACAGCUUCCAGUGUCGGUGCGUCGCUGGCUUCGUCGGAGACUUCUGCCAAGUGGACGUCGAUGAGUGCUUCUCAAGUCCGUGCCUUAACGGAGGAAAGUGCCAGGAUCAUCCUGGAGGAUUUGUCUGCUCCUGCGACUUCGGAUGGACUGGUGAAGUGUGCGAAGUUCGCCUCCAGGAGUGCGACAGCAACGACUGCCUCAACGGCGGCCUCUGUUUCGUGCCGACCUCCGCCGAAGGGCUCUCCCUGAGCAACGCCUCGUCUGAGUGCUUCUGCGUUCCCGACUAUCACGGUAUUCGCUGCGAGUCUCGCUACGACGAAUGCAUUCCGGGAAGCCCCUGCCACAACGGAGGCACGUGCAUCGACGGUGUGGACGACUACAGCUGCUCGUGCGCCGUCGACUUUACGGGUAAAUUUUGCGAAGCCUCCUGUCAUGAAAACACGAGCCUUUGCGACAUGCUCCAGCCAGAAAGUGUUCCGGUCACAGCAGCUCCCAAAACGACAAGGUCUUAUCCAGCUGACGUAGCGUCGUCCCUAUUCUCAACUGAUUUAGUGUCAACUGAAGCCUGGUCUACCCCUUCAGGCUUCUGGAGUUCAACGCCCCUUCUGAGUUCCUCGUUCGAUGUCGGCAUUUCCGCGUUCCCUAGUUGGACUGCCGCCGUUCCCGAAGGCCCACUCGACAGCGAAACAGUACCCCGGGACGGGAGUAAGAUAGGCGCCACAGUUUCAGACACACCGUUCAUAGUCUGGUCGAAGACAGCAACGGACUUCAGGGACUUCACAGCUGCCGUCACUUUGAGUUCACCAACCCUUCUGAACUUUACGACACUCCAGUCAAGAAUGACGUGGGAUGAACCUGUGUCUCAGGUGCAACCUUCCGAGUCGCUCAAGUCGUCGCCAGGCAUCAUGUCCGUUACUUCGAGUCUACAGACAUCUCUUCCAUCGGAUCUCAGCACUGUGUUCUCGCACGACGUCAGUACGGCGACACACAAGCUCGUUCUAUUCAAGUUUUUGGCCAUCAAGCAUUACUACUUCAAUGCCUCGUGA